AUGGCUCCGCCUCUCAUGCCAAGUCAACAAGAAGAAUACCACCAGGACCGCCGGACGGAGCUCUAUGUGAGUCUGAUUGUUCUGCUCGUCGUGAACAACGUCGUCGUUCACGGGCGGAUUGCGGCACACUAUUACGAUCGGUAUCGACAUGAGCGCUUCGGCUUCAACCUCGGCAAUUUCCUCCUCGAGGACGUUUUCAUGGCACUCUCCGCUAUCUUCGUCGAUGCCAUGAUAGGCCAUACCCUGGCGUCGGCGAGUUACGGCCUCGGUCUCCACUCCUGGCGCAUCAACGCUGAGGAUCCAGACUACCCGAGUAACCUCUCCAAUACAUUCAAGCAUGUCUGGAUCACCCUGGUGCUGACGGCACCGGCAUUCACCUGCGUCAGACUUACGCUGCUCUUCUUCUACCGCCGGCUUUUCCUUGUCAACCAGAGGUGCCUCAAGAGGGCCUGGUGGGCAAACCUCAUCUAUGCCGUCGCGUGGUUCUUCGGCGCCAGCGGAUUCUACAUCUUCCAAUGUUGGCCGGCCCAGUGGUUCUACUUGCGAUACUACCCCCGAUACCAUCGUCCAACUCCAUACCCGAUUUCCGGCCAGUGCAACGCCUCCAUCGUGGACAACCUCGCACGCACACUAGUCUUCGGCCUGAUUUCAGAUGUCGGCAUCCUCCUCCUACCCGUUUUCACAAUCUCGCGGCUACAAAUGACGCUCAGCAAAAAAAUCGGCCUGCUCGGAAUAUUCUCUAUCGGGGUGGUAGCUUGCUUGAUGGAUUUGGCGAGGAUCACUGAGCUGUGGGUGGGGACGGACGAGAUCAUUGAUGCUUCUUAUGGGGCCGCUCAAUUCUUCAUUCUCUCCGCCGCCACUGCCGUCGCGGCAACUACCUGCGCCUGCCUGCCCGUCAUCCUCCCAAUCGCAUGCAAGGCGCACAAGCGGAGAAGAGAAGGCACGAAGCCGCAACCAUCGCCAUUAUCAGCUCCACCCUCGUUUCCUUCAGGUUCUGAGUCCGCUGCACGGAAGGGUCGCGGAUUUACCCGGCUUGACGGAGAUUCUAGCGAUAGGAAUGCUGUUGAACUUGGAGAGGUGGAAACUGGCGGCGGCGACGACCGACCUGAAGAGCCAGUUCGGCAGAUGAGAUGCGAGGGAGAUGAAGUGAGUCGUUGA